ACAUAAUAUUUACAGAAAUUUAUUGGCAAGGCUUGCGCCUCAGUCCAUUUGACGAUGUAAAUGCUUUGAAGCGUAGAUUUCUUUGUCUCGAUUGAUCAAAUAAAUAGUUCGAAGCAUUUAUAUCGUCGCGUAAAGUGAAUAUAUGUAGGAUGCAGAGUUUUUUUAUGAUUAUUAUGUAUGAUGUGUGCAAUACAAUACGUGGUUAUGUGAUAAAGUUUUAAGUUUAGUAGAGUGAUAAAAAGCAUUAAAAGAUAACCUAAUAUAGUUAGGUUUAAUCACGGUUAAUCUUUGAUCAACAAAAACGAAGAAGAAUCGAAUUUCAAGAUGCAGAAGUUUAAGAGAGCUCAAGCGCAAAAUAAAUUGUCUAUCGAAAGACAUUUGGAAGCUAACACAUUAUUAAAUUCGUCUAGUGAAGAGGAAGAUGAAACAAAUGAGGAAAAUGUCCAAAAUGUGGUGGGCAAAGUAUUAUUGGCAUAUCAAGGACAAGGCAUGGAUGCAGAAAAAGUGAUAUCAUAUUUAGUUAAUUCUUUUCAAUCAAGUAGUGCUGUUUGCUUGAUAUGUAUAUCAACUGUCAAAAAGAUAGAUUCGAUAUGGAACUGCAAUAAAUGCUAUGCAUUUUUGCAUAUGUCCUGCAUCUUACAUUGGAUUAAUGACAGUUUAAGUUAUAAACGAGCUAAAGGAAUCACACCAAUCUGGGCAUGCCCAAAAUGUCGCAUGGAAUAUGACCAGGACCAGAUUCCAAGGUUGUAUGAAUGCUUCUGUAAAAAGAUUACAAAUCCUCCAUAUCAACCCUGGAUUAUCCCGCAUUCUUGUGGCGAAACUUGUGACAAAUUCUUACAACCAGAGUGUGGUCAUAAAUGUGUGUUGCUCUGUCAUCCUGGACCAUGCCCACCAUGUGCAAAGAUGGUGUCGGUCAAAUGUUAUUGCGGUAAGCUACCGCCGCAGCCACGUCGUUGCAAUGCUAAAAAUUGGAGUUGUGGAACAAUAUGCAACAAAAAAUAUGAAUUUUGCUUGCACACUUGUAAUAAUUUAUGUCAUGCUGGAGAAUGCCCGCCUUGUAUGGAAACAGUAUUACUGAAAUGCCAUUGUGAGAGUAACCAAAAGGAAGGAAAAUGCUAUGAAGGUACAUGGAUUUGCAACAGACUUUGUAACAGAAGAUUCUCCUGCAAUAUACAUAUCUGCGAGAGUACUUGUCACUUACCCGAUGAUUGUGGUAAUUGUCCAUUGGAGAAGAACAGAUGUUGUCCUUGUGGGAAGAAACGAUAUGAAGUUUCUUGCAGACAGCAACAAGUACCAACAUGUGGCGAUACUUGUGGCAAAUUAUUAGAUUGUGGAUCACACUUUUGCAACAUGAGAUGCCACACCGAUCGUUGUGGUCAGUGCCUAGAAGUGAUAACAAAAGCCUGCAGAUGUGGUAAUUACACCAAAGAGAUUGCUUGUGGAAAAGAAUUUCACUGCAACAAAAAAUGCACACAAAUGCGCUUGUGUGGCAAACAUUUGUGUAAUAAAAAAUGUUGCGAUUGCAUAUUGAAGAAUACAUCUAAUCUUUGCGAAAAAACGUGCGAAAAUAUGCUCAAUUGUCGAAAACACAAGUGUGCUACACCCUGCCAUAGCGGUCCUUGUUAUCCAUGCACAAGAAUGGACGUCGUGCAGUGUCGAUGCGGCAAUAGCAAAAUAACGGUACCAUGUGGUACCAGAAAAAGAAGGCCGCCGCCGUGUAAUAAAUCCUGCAAAAUUCCGCCUGUCUGUCAUCACAGUAAGAGAGAAACUCACAGAUGUCAUCAAGGCCCGUGUCCGCCGUGCAAAAAAAUCUGCGGCUUAACGCACAAAAGAUGCGGUCACUCUUGCCCAACCACUUGUCACACGAAAGUGUGGGUGAAGGUGAAAGCGAACGGAGUAAAAGCGCAACCCAUUGGACCUUGGGAAAAGCCUGGAAAGGAUAUUAUGGAGUUAAAGACUUUACCAUGUCCACCAUGUAAAGUUUCCAUGCUUGUGACCUGUCUCGGAGGUCAUGAGACGCGUCCCUGGCCGUGUCACAUGUCAGAAUCGAGUUCCUGCGGCAGAGCUUGCGGCCGAUUAUUGCCGUGUAAAAAUCACACCUGCGAGUUGAUCUGUCAUAAGAUACAAACUUCUGAUGACAAAUCAGAUAGUGGUAUGCCAUGCAUGAAAUGCGAGAAGGAGUGUCAAUUCGCUCGUUUACCAGGUUGUACACACGCAUGUCCGCAACCAUGUCAUCCGGCGCCUUGCAAACCGUGCAAGCAAUUAGUGCGAGUGUCUUGUCACUGUGGUAUUAGCACCCUUUAUCGACACUGUGUAGACUUGGUAUCCACGACGAAUAAGAAACGUGACGAAUUACUCAAAUGUGGAAACCAAUGUCCAAAAAAUUAUUCGUGCGGUCACCGUUGCAUUAACGAUUGUCAUCCAGGAAAAUGCAAAGGAGAGGAACAAUGUAACAAGAAAGUUAGAUUAUGGUGUAAAUGUAAAAGGAUUAAAAAGGAUUUUCUUUGUUUGCUCCUUCAAAAAGAACAGAUUACUGUAGAAUGUGAUAAUGUGUGUGAAUCAUUGAAAAUUGAGAAAAAGGAGGCCCAAGAAGCUAUUACAGCAAAGAAACGAGAAGCGGAGGAGCUUCGCAAUCGAGAAGAGAUUGAAAAAUUCGAGAAAAAGUUCAAGCCACGUCGAAAGAGGAAAGACAAGUAUGAAAACUCAAAACUAUCCCAAGGAAACAUUAGGAAUAAGUAUUGGAAUGCAUGGUUUUUUGCGAUUUUUGUAAGCAUUAUAGGUAUAGUAAUAGCAUAUAUGACUGUUUCUGAUUCAAGUAUGCUUGAAUUGAGUUGAUUUUAAAAAUUGGCUUGAAAUUAAUGACUUCAAUAGUCAAUGUACAAUAAUAAUUAUAUAUCUGUGAUGUAUUAUCAAUGCUUGUCAAAAAUAUUAUGGCAAACAGUUUCAUGUAUCUUAUAUAUAUCAUCAUUGAAAAAUAUUUAUAACAUUAUGAGCAUCUUUUACAUAUUUAUUCAUAGUGAUAAUAAUUGGCUUAGAGAAUAAUCAUUUGAAAGAACUCUAUUUUUAUUCCACGCGAUUUUAACAAUUUUGUGAUAAAAUUAUGAUAAACUUGAAAAAUUUAAAGAUAAAAAAAUAUAAAUUGUAUUAAGUAUAAAUAAAAGAAACAAUUAAAUAUGUAGCUUUCUAAAUGUUAAAAAAAUUAUCAUGUUAUAUAAAUAUAUAAUAAAUAAUUCUUAUAAUAUAUUAUAUGAAAAUAAAGAAAAUAAAACAGAAAUUAAAAAUGGUGAUACCCAAAGUAGAAAAUGCCAAGUUUUUAUGUUAAACUUUGAUUUUGUUAAAUUAGCCAUGCCAGAUUUGAAUAUUUUGAGAAGAGAAUAUAGAUCUAAGUUUACAUUUCUCUAAAUAUAUACAAAAAAAAUGAUACAUAUUUGGAAAAGAAUGUUUUCAUAAGAAAAUGAAGAGAUAACAAGAAAUGGAAUUAUAUAAAAUACCUCAUAUUUCUCAUAUGCAUAUCUUUUUCGCAAUGACUGCUUGGAUUGCUUAAAUAAAAAAAAUUUUCUUCCAGUUUUUAUUAUAUCUAUUAAUAAUAUUAUAAAUAUAUUAUAAAUAAUAUUAUAAAUUUUGAUAUGUUAAAACAGAAUAAAAAGAGAUUAAGAAGACACAAUAUGUUGCAAAUUAAGUCACAUUAUAUGAAACAAUAAAUAUCUUCCUCUUCUAAAAUUGUAACUCAAUAAAAAUUUAAUACAUAUACGGAUGAAUGAAAAAUAUUAGAAGUCUCCAUGUAUUAAUUCAAUAUGUAACUGAAUUUUCCAAUAUUUUAAACAUGAAAUAAAAAUUAUAUAGUUCAACUUUUUAGAGCAGUGGAAGAAGGAAGAAACAGAAGUAAAUUUCUGAAAUCUAUAUUGGAAGUUUGUUACAAUUAAAUAUCUGUGUGUGUAUAAAGGUAUUACAGGCUAAUAUUUCUGAAAUUGAACGAGAUAUGAAAUCAUUAUUCCAGCGAUUGUUUGGCAUCGAAAUAGGCAUUGUGUGAUGAAGUUAAUUUUUUAGAAUACUAAACAAUUGCUGGAAAAUAUAUAUAUUUUGUAUAUCUCGAGAUGUGGAAGAGAUGCGAUUUUACCAAUUGAAAAAUGGAUAUCGCUAAAUCUUUACAGUAAUGAAAGUAGAUGUGAUGGCGCUGUACGAGGAAUUUUAAUGAAAAAUGCUGGCGUGGCCGCAGGCUUCUCUCUGGUGGUAAAUACUCUGUGUUGUUGACGACGGUGGCGGUGUUGUUGGCGCAACGAAAACUCGUAUUAGAUUGGCGGUGCUGUUCUAGUCGUUGUCGUUGUAGACCGGACUUCUCUCAAUUAUGUCACUACAUUCGCAUCCGCGGCUGCUUCGCUAAAAGAGAUCGGUGGGCAAUCAUCAUCAUCAUCACCACAGAAGAUCGAGACUUUCGCGGCUGCGGAUGAAAAAGAAAGGAGAUCGGUCCCCUCAGGUUGUUGACAGAAGUGCGAUAUUUCCCUCUUGGCCGCGAUUC